AAGGUUUGACAGUUGCUAUUUCUAAAUCUCACUCACGGUUGUCUGUACGGUUUGUUCUUGUAUAAAAAAUGUAUUGACUAUUUUUCUGGAACGAGAUAUAAUUGGGCUUUAUUACGUAUUUAUUUGUAUGUGUAUGGAUUGAUCCGUCUAUUGAAGGUUUAAACGUUAUUUCAAUAGGUGUUUCCUUUGAAUUAAGUGCGGAUAUAUGUGAUGUGACGACUUUAUUUUAUUGCACUAAAAAAUCAUGAAUAUCCUUCCGAGUUUCGCGUCAUUUCUUUUAUAUUUAGUGGCACAAUGUCAAGCUUCUGGAACAGACAUUGCGUUGGACGCAAAAGCCACACUUCUGCAUCGUAUAGACAGUUUAAAUCUUCUAAUAUACACCUGUCUAUUAACGUUAACUGUGCUGACUAUUUGGGUAUUUAAACACCGCCGUGUAAGCUGGCUUCACGAGACAGGACUUGCUGUUAUUUAUGGUCUUAUCGUGGGAGCAAUAAUUCGCUAUGCAGCUAGUACAAACCAAGUUACCUACAUCAAUGUGCACCCUGCACCGGAAACAAAGUACAAUCUAUCUGUCCCACCAGACAUGCUGCGCCUGCACUUCCCAGAUAAAAUGCAGGUGUCUUCAGGAGAUGCUCCGGUACCAAAUAAGACUUAUGCAUAUAGCUUUAGAGGAGAAAUAGUAAAUGUUGAGCAGAAUGAGAUAGAUCUGAAGGCAACAUUUGAUCCUGAGAUAUUUUUUAACAUAAUUUUGCCACCUAUCAUAUUCCAUGCUGGAUAUUGUCUGAAAAGGAAAUAUUUCUUCCGCAAUCUGGGCGCGAUAUUGACGUUCGCGAUGGUGGGGACAGCACUAUCAGCCCUGGUUAUUGGCUCUCUGAUGUACGGCUGUGUCCAACUGAUGCCGGCCUCCUUGGCCUCAAGCUUCACCUUCCUAGACACUUUGUACUUCGGCGCCCUCAUCUCACCCACCGACCCGCUGACAGUACUCGCCAUCUUCUCACAAUUGAAGGUGGACGUCAAUCUUUAUGCGAUGAUAUUCGGUGAAAGCGUUCUCAAUGACGCAGUGGCUCUUGUACUCAGCGGAGCCAUACAAAACUAUGAGUUGAGGUAUUCCAAUGAUGGCGGGUUUGAAAUUACGGCGUUUUUGGGAGCCAUCGGAGAUUUUAUUGGGAUCUUCAGCUUGUCACUACUGGUUGGAGCUCUUAUGGGUUGUUUGACGGCAUUGAUGACUAAGUUCACUCACGUGCGCGAGUGGCCGCUACUCGAGUCGGCUCUCUUCGUGCUCAUGUCUUAUGCUGCCUUCUUGAUUGCUGAAGUCUGCGAGCUUACAGGUGUUGUAGCAGUGCUAUUCUGCGGCAUAUGCCAGGCUCACUACACAUACAACAACUUAUCUUCCGACUCGCGCAAUCGCACCAAGCAACUGUUCGAGCUACUAAACUUCUUGGCUGAGAACUUCAUCUUUACGUACAUCGGCGUCUCUAUGUUCACGUUCCCUAAGCAUCAUUUCGAUCCGUGGUUUAUUAUUGCUGGAUUUAUCACAUCGGUCCUCGGACGCGCUGUCAACAUUUACCCACUCUCGUUCCUGCUCAACCUCGGACGAAAACCACCUAUACCGAUGAAUUUCCAGCACAUGUUAUUCUUCUCAGGUCUUCGAGGUGCGAUGUCCUUCGCGCUCGCCAUUCGUAACACGGUGUCAGAGGCGCGACAAGCCAUGUUAACGACCACGUCUCUGAUUGUGAUAGCUACUGUUGUACUGCAAGGAGGCGCCGCCACGCAUGCGCUCGCAUAUCUACGUAUACCUACUGGUGAAACGGGCAACGAUGAAAAUGACGCGCUACCGUAUCGGGAUGUCAGAAGCCUGUACCAGGCCACGGACUCUGCUGGACCGCCCGCUGACAUAGGUUUCGGCCUACGUAACAUGGACUCAACGCAACCAGCCAGUUGCGACAGGGCAACAGACACACCCCGUGACCGCGGCGACGGCGGCACCGGUCAGAAGGCUCGUCUCGCACGUCUAUGGGGCGCAGUAGACUCCAAGCUACUGAAGCCACUGCUGACUCACGCGCGACCGCCGCUUACGGAGACCUUGCCGGCGUUCAUGAGGCCUCUAGCGAGGGUACUCACUACUACCCACCAGUAUACGCAGGGGUAUGUUUUGUGUCCACAGGACAGCUCGCUGCGUAGGACCGACUCCGAUUCAGACCUUUGCAUCGAUGAGCAGCAACCAGUUCCUACGAGUAUUGACCCUCAGCUAUCGAUUAACGUUCGGAAUGGAUAUGGGCAUGUUUGAGCUUUGUAGCAUUAGUGAUCCACGGCUGUGAUAUGAAAUUUGCUCUAAUAGCAUAUAAUAGAAAAAUAUGAUUAAUAGGAAAUUCCUUUUUAAUUAUUGCACGCAGCAAUUAUGGCCUGGACUGGUGGACACAAGGAUUUCUGUAGAAGGUAUCACUGGUAGCAAUAUCUAAGUAGGUAUUUGUAUUGAGUACUUUGAUAUAACAAAAUUGAAAAUGGGUGCCACAAAUGUUGUAUAAAUAUUAAUCAUUAAAUUUCUUCGCAAAACACAAGAUUUUAACUGUUUAUUCAAUUUUCUAUUCUUAGCUGAGUAUUCAAUACGUAAACCAUUCGAUAUAAAUGCCUUUUGUAUACAUAAGUAAACAGUUAAAAUGUUUGUAAAUGAAUGUUGUUAUGGCCAGUGUGUGCUUAAAUCGUAAUGUUUACAUGAAUUCACUAUUGGAGUUUACAAUGACUUUGUAUUUAAAUGUGAUCGUUAUGAAGAUGUGAAUAUAAGAUCUGAUUAUAAGGACGCGAAUCCAUGGCUGCAAUGCAAGUAAUUAUAAAGUCGUAGGCUCGGGAGUCGUAUACAAAGCACUCCCGGUUUAGAUAAUGCAAUUUAUUUCCUAUAAUCGUAGCAUCUUUAUUUCAUUCUUACUAGAAAAGGAUAUUUUCCAUUCGAUUUAUUGUUUAGUUUGAGUCGUCUGUAAGCUGAAUGAAAUCGCGUGAUCUUGAAAGCACUCUGUCCCUUAAAUGUAUCAAUAGCUUUAUUUAACUGACCUCAAAAAGGGGAGGUUAGUGUAUUUUUCUUCACCAAUGUUUCAUUGUCUAUUCGUGAAAGCUCAACACUCGCUUCACGUGAUGUAAAAUGUCGUCUCACCUAUGAAACACUUUUAUAUUAAAUAAUCUAGUCUACUAUUAUGUACCUACUUACUUCGUAAUAAAAUUAAUGUCUCGCUUAUUUCAUAGAAUUCGACGAAUAUUUUUGUUGACCAUCAAAUGGGAACUUAUAUUUCAUGUUACUGGGGAAGGGUAAUUAUCUCAUAUUUGAAUUUAUUUUUAGUUUUUGUUUUAUGUCUUUGUCCGUUUUGUAUUAUUAAUGAAAUUAUUAAGAGGUUUCUAAAACCAUAAGAUUAUUUCCUUACUGUUUAGAUUUUCAUAGAAUAGUGAGAGGUACAAGUUACAGUAAAACUUCUUUUGGAUCAUUUUUAAUCACAUUACUGUAGAUAAUAUUCUUUUGCUGUCCAUGUUCCUAAAUGCUUUGUUUUAUCUCUUAUCAUAAUAUUACAAAGUAUUUCACUAAUUAAUAUGUAACAUUGAUUUGAUCUCAGAUAGUCAGGUGUCAAAAAAUUUCGUAUUUUCAAAAUUUUAUACUAAAUGUUACAAGUGUCCUCAUCAAUAGUUUUGUGUAAUGUAAAUCUGCUUCGUUUUAAAAACUUAGCAAAUUGAAUUUCUUUAUGUGUAUUAAAAUCUGACCUUUAAA